AUGUAUCGGAUGAUGCGUUUUGUGGGUAGAUACAAAUCCGCCCGCUUCGAUCUUAAGGAUGCUUCCCCAAGGGGCCGCAAAUCUAAUUUCAUGGACCUGAACUCCAGCAGUGGGUUCGCUUUGGCGAUCCUAUACGUUCUGAAGCUGGCCGAUGGUGCCGGUCUCGUGCACUUUGGGAUAAAGUGUGGGUCCUUCUGUGGCCUCAAUCGUGGCACCAGUGGUCGAUCGGCAUGUACUCCUUACGGAAACAUUUGGCACCCGAGUGUCAUCGCAUCCAACAAACUCUUGGAAAGGACCACAUUGCUCAUCCUUCUCUGCACGGCGAUGAAUGGCACCUGGACCAUCGAGCAACCGGAGCCAGGUGUUGUUCCUCCGGGCCCGGAGCAGUUGGCUGUUCUGAUGGGAGGUCAGGCUGAAAAUUUUAAGUGCUGGGCUACUGAUGGCGGGACCUAUGUCCAAGCUAUGGAGCUGUGCGACGAAUUGGAGCGACAGCUCCAAGAGGAUAAGGAAACCUCGUAUCUGCAGAUGCAGGCGAAUGAGCAGCUGGAGACGGUGCCGGUAGAUAUCCUGUUCUGUGUGAACACACUAGAGGCUUCGCUUUCUGAUCUUGUGAAAGCCGGCUUGAUGACGGACGAAAACACACUUGUGGAUCCCGUGGUUGCCCCGGCAAACAUUGGCCCCGACACCGCUGGCCCCGACACCGCUUGCCCUCAAGAAGAACAUGGUUCUCCUUGCAAAUCCGAUGCUUAUGCAGUCGUGGAUGUGGCUCAAGAGCGAGAUGAUGAUGAGGAGCUGGAGCAGGCCUCUGCUAUGGACAUGUACCUCGCCCUCACCGGCUUGCUUUCUGAUGGCGAGUCAGAUGAUGCUGAGAAUGGGGUCAAAACCGAGCCGGAUGAUACCGAAGCUAAGAUGGUCAAGGAGAAAUCUCGGAGGAAGGACUUGCAAGUCCCGGCUUUCGUUCGGGAGCAAUGGGAGUCUGGCAACCGAAGCAGCAUGGCCCAGUUGUUGCAGCAGGUGAACUUCAACAAAGACGAGUUCGUGGCCAGCCUGGAAGUCCAGAUCAAAAAGAAGAACAAGGUGCUGGUUGAGGUGGAGGAAGGUUGGUAUUCCAAGGAGGAAAUGCUGAAUGAUUUGAACUGGCUCAAUGCAUACGACGGGCAGGAAGAAUUUUGGAUCCAGGUUCGUGAGCUGGGAAAACGAAAGCACUCGCAGUCCUACGAAGAGACGCACAAGAAGAUCAAGCAGGCUGAUGAUUUGCCGGAGGUGCCGAAGUGCCUCCAGGGUUUCAAGGAGCUCGAUGACUUGAACAAUCGUUUGAUGCUGGAUGGAACCAAGCCGAGCGCCGGGACCCAGCAGGGCCAGACUGGCUUGGAGAUGGAAAUCAAGCUCAUGGAGGCUCAGUAUGACAAGUGUUGCGAGUUGAAGGCGCAAGCUGAAUCUCAGGGUAUGUCUGAGGAGAUUCUUGCCUUGCUCUACAAAGCCAUGGAAUCUCGCAUCAAGGAGGUGACUGUGGUGUCUUCGACUCAGAUCGAUGCUGUGCUCGCGAGCCUCUGCCAACGAGAUGAAGAUCAGGAGCAGCAUGCAGUAGGCAUCAGCAGCAGCGCCACCAGCUUCCUCAAAAUAGUUUUGCUUGGCUGUUCGGCUUCUGCUAAAGUUGCUAAAGCUUCGACGGCGAAGAAGUACUACGACAAGCACGACAAGCAGGAGAAGCCCCAUGCAGCCACAUGCAGAUCGGCGAUUCGCACGGCCCGCAACCUGGUUUCGGACCUGGGGGACCAGGCAGGCUCCGUUGCAGGCCUGCGAGAGCUAGCUAGCUGCUCGGAAACUCAUUCGGAAAGAGAUACAAACCGGCUCCUCACUGGCAAGUUUGGGCUAGCACUGCCGAUUCCAAUCAAAACGAUUCCAGGUAUGGACGGAGGGCUGCCGAUAUUUCGUUUACGGGAUUGGCUGAGCUUUCUUCUGAAGAUAAACGGAUGGCAUCAUUUAUGUGGGCUGAAAUCAUCUGACCCUCCAAGAGAGAAGGCGAUUUGGUCGGCUUUUUGGGAAAGGUACCGUGCUUUGGACCCAGGGCAUGAUAUAUUCAAAAAAGCUGAUGAAGGGCUUGUGAACCUGGAACGCUGUGCAGCAAUGUUGCUGCAUGGCGACGAAGGUAGAGGCAGAAGGCGGCAGGCCUUUAUGGUGGUAUCGUACCAUUCUUGUUUGGGCAGAGGGACAGCAGCAGCGCAACGAGCGAGCAAGGCCAGCAAAGUCAAGAAGCCCUACCUCAAGAUGAAAACGAACUUUGCUGGACAUACAUAUACAACACGUUUUUUGGCUGGAGCCAUGACAAAACAGAUGUAUCAUGACAACGAAGAUAUGUUUGCCAACCUGAUGACAUCGAUUGCGGAUGAAGCUUUACACCUUGCAACCUGUGGGGUUGCAGACCGCUAUGGGCAGAAACACUGGAUGGUUAUUUUGCGAACUGUGGGCGACUGGCCUUGGCUCCAUCGUGCUGCAAAAUUGAAGCGCACAUAUGCAAAUGUAGUCAAGCGUUUGGACCAAAAGGCAGGUGGCAUCUGCCACUUGUGUGAUGCUGGCAGUGAUGACGUGCCGUUCGAAGAAAUUGGCACACGCAGGCCACAGUGGCUUGCCACGAUGUAUCGGACUAGCCCUUUCGAAGCUGCUCCUUUUAUGGCACGGGCUCCCCACAACCCUCAACAACUUGCCGCACAUUAUGCAUUCGAUGUAUUCCAUACAGUUCAGCUGGGCAUUGGACGUUAUUUGACGGGGACCAUGCUUGCACUUUGGUCAGACCGUGAAACUGGCAAUGUCGAGGACAGGUUUGAAGCCCUCACCGUCAAGUACAAGGCCUUUUGCAAAGCGACCGGUCGAGCGACGCAUGUAUCUAGGCUCACGAAAGAUUUGAUUCAAUGGGGGUCCACUACAGACUUUCCAGCUGCCAGCUGGUACAAAGGACACCUGACGACCACUGUUAUGGAAUUUCUUCAGCAUUUGGGAGAGUCUAUCGACUUGGAGGGUGAUGAUGUGGAGCUUUUGCUGUCGAUGGGAACAGAGGCGGUUGUUGCGCUCAACGAUUUUAUGCGAUUGCUUUACGAAUUGGACGUUUGGGUUCCACCCGAUGAUGCUCGUCGUGCCGGCGAACUCAGUGCUAAAUUCUUGCGCCGCUACAACGAUUGCGCAGUGCGAGCGAGGAGCCUGCAGCGCACACUUUUCCCAAUCCAGCCGAAAUUCCAUUGUUUACACCACCUGGCCCUGGAGUUGCUCCGGGCGAGCAACUUGGGGCUUCAUGCCCUUAAUCCGAUCGUCCUUUCCACACAACAAUCAGAGGACUUCAUAGGACGUCCCAGCAGGCUUUCGAGAAGGGUGUCUUCAAGAGGAACCGUGGUUAGGGUUAUGCAGCGCUAUCUGCAAUCCUGCUAUACAGAGUGGGUGAAGGCGGGUUUGCUCGUCGAAGCUGCAGGUCCGCGAGAAAAAUAG